AUGCGAAGAAAUGGAAUAAAACAAGAUGACAGAAAAGGGGACGAAACGAAAAUGAGUAUCAAAACAAGAGGAAGAGUCAAGUGGACAACUGACCGAAGAAAAGUGACCGGCCAUGUACCCAUUGAUGAUGAUGAAAGCGAUGGUGACGGUGGUGGAGUAAUAGCGAGAAUAACAGCGACCGACUGCUGCUUUCGUGCUCUCCCACUAAUGCAAUCCUGUUCUCUCGAGAGAAUUUCCCUUCUCAAUAAAGCUAUGAUACAACCCCUCCUUCUCCUCUCGCUCUCUGUACCUUCGUUAAUGGCCCCGCCCAUUAAACAGAGAGCUCGUUUUGUUGUCGUGCGGGAAAGCUCCUCUGCCCUACUUUCUUUACCGCAGUGUGCAGUACUACCUGCACCUCUCCUCUCCCCAUCAACUUCAUUGUUAUCGUCAUCAUCAACGAAUCAGCGAGAUGAGAGGGGAGAAGCAGGCGUAAGAAUCAUCAAGCAAGCUGCAUUGCUUGAUUCAAGCAGUGUCGUGCCAAGUGCAAUUACCAACCUCCAUGCAUGCCUCGCAUAUUUCAAAUUCGCCCGUUUUCAUUUCAUGGCAAAGUACAAAAAAUGCGUUCCCAUCAUCAUUACAGCUCAUCAUCACAUUACAGCUCAUCACAUUACAGCUCAUCACAUUACAGCUCAUCACAUUACAGCUCAUCUAAUCAUAUCAUAUCACAACGCACCGGCUGCGUGCAGGAAUGUUUACUUGCUUGCGCAAUUUGACUGGCAGGUAUUAAUCAGUGGCAAAACAUUACGAAAUCCUUUGGAAGUACCAAAAUUCAUCCACGCCAUUUGCAUUGAUCAUUUAUAUGGUGUGUUUGAUGCUAUUAAAUACUCAUUGGUCAGCAGUGAGCGGGAAAUGGAACGAAACACGAAAAUUGUUUACAGCUACUCCACUUCUUUCGGCAAAGAAAAAGAGAAGGAACUUGUUCUCUUAACUCAUUAUAUCUUUGGCGCCAUUUCGACGUCAACACCGUUGUCUGAUAAUUUAUAUCCAUUUUAG